AUUGUCGAUUGGUCGAUUGAUUCUUUAAAUCAUCAUUAUCGUUAUUGUUUUUAAAUCGUAACUCUUUUCUUUCUCUGUUGGCUUUCUGAUCAUCAUAUAUCGAAUAUACAAUGUCGACACAACCAACAAACCUAUUGAAAUCAUCAAAAUCUCAAUCACAAUCAGAACAACCACCGCCACCAACACCGCCGGUAACAUCAUCAAACAAUAUAGCAAAUUUAAAUUUAUUACGUUUAAGAUCACAUACAACAACUAUUGAUUCAUGUACAACAACAACAGCAUCAUCAUCAUCAACAUCUUCUCCAAUAUCAGGUGUAUCGGGAAAUUUAUUACAUCAUAGUGGUGUUGGUGGUGGUGGUGGUGGUCAUCAUCUUCAUCAUCAUGGUGGUGGUAAUCAACAUCAACAUCUUUGGAAUAUGGAUGAUCUUAAUUAUGUAUCAACACAUAUGCAACGUGUUCGUGCACGUGCAAAUUUUGCUAGACAAAUGUCAAAUACUGCUGGUGGUGGUGGUAAUAAUAAUGGAUCAUCACCAUCAUCAUCAACAACAAAUAUGAUUGGUGGUGGUGGUGGUGGUAUUGGUGGUACAUCAACAUCUGAAAUGUAUAGACGUCGUCGUGAAAGUAUUGCUGCAAUACAUUUUCCAACAAAUUUUACUGGUUCCGGUUCUGGUCUUAAUAAUUUAUUUCUUUAUACAAAUUCAAAUCCAUUAAAUGAUUGUUCAUCAACAACAACAACGACAACAAAUCUGGUACGAAUAAGAAAUUCAUUACGUGGUCAAUCAGCACCAUCAUUAUCAUUGGCAAUGAAAGAAGGAUCAUCAUCAUCAUCAUUAUCAUUAUCACAUCAUGCCAAUAAUAAUAAUGUUGGUACGAAUGUUGCCGGUAUUGGUUGUUGUCCACGACGUAUACAACGAUGUUCAACAUCGAGAAAAAGUUUUUUACAAUUAAAUACAUCACCUACAAUGCCCAGAUCUCCAUUACCUCAACAAAAUAGUCCUAUUGAUAGUCCAAGAAAUAUGUCACCAUUCAAUCAUUUUUCUUUUGUUUCUUCAAAUAAUAAUAAUAUGAAUGUUAAGAAAAAUAUAUUGGAAGGUGGACGUAGAUGGUCAGUUGCAUCAUUACCAUCAAGUGGUUAUGGUACAAAUACUCCUGGUAGUUCCAGUGUUUCGUCACAAUGUUCAUCACAAGAAAAAAUUCAUCAAAUGUGCCAUUUAACAUCAUUACAUGAUGAACAUUCAUCAAUCAGUAGUCAUUCAUCACAUUAUCAUCAUGUUGCUUUAAUGCAUAAUCAUAAUCAUCAACACUGUGGCGGUGUUGUUGCAUCACAUUCCAAUAAUAAUAAUAAUGCUGGUUCCAAUCAUUUAAAUAUUAAUUCAGCAAAUAAUAAUAAUGGUUCACAAUUACAAGUAAUUUCCACUGGUGGUGGCCAUCAUUAUCCAUUAAAUAAAUCAGCUACAACUGGAUCUUCAGAUAAAAGUUAUUCAUUUUGUUCAUCAAAUGAUAGUAAUAGUGGUCAAGAAGAAGAUACUGUACAAAAUACAGUUAUUUGUAGGCCAACUAUUUUAAGGCCAAGAUCUCGUAGUCUUAGUAGUCCAAUUAGAUCUCCUACCGGUGAUGAUGAAAAAAUACUUGUAAAUAGUAUCUAUAAGGAAAGAUUUCCAAAAGCAACACAACAAAUGGAAGAAAAAUUACAACGUUUUAUUGAUGAACAAUUGAAAGCUGAAUUUGAUCAUGAUAUUGCAUCGGAUGCUGUAUUUCGUUUUGCACAUCAUCAGGUUGUUGGUUUGGCUAAAGAUUGUGUACAAAAAUCAAAAGAUAAACUUAUUACGACACAAUAUUUUUAUGAAAUGUAUGAAAAUUUGGAAAAACUUUUGCUUGAUUGUCGAGAAAAAUCUCCUACAUCGGCCAAACUUUUAUGCAUAUUAAUACGAAAAUUAUUAGUAAUUGUUUCACGUCCUGCUCGUCUUCUUGAAUGUUUAGAAUUUGAUCCAGAAGAAUUUUAUCGUUAUUUAGAAAUGGCCGAAGGUGAAGCAAAAUCAAUUAGUCAAACAAUGAAAACAUCAAUACCUCAAUAUAUAAUAAGUAAACUUGGUUUGAAUCAAGAUCCAUUAUCCGAUAUACCAUUAUCACCUACAGUUGAUAAAGAUUUAUUUUUUAAUGAUAAAUCAAUUGAUAAAGAAUUAGAAGAUGUUGAUGAAACAAAAGAGCUUGAUCAAAAUCAACAACAACCACGAAGAAAAUCGGACUAUGAAAUUGCUGUUGAACAACAAUCAGCAUCAAAACCACCAUCCGAAGAUGAUUUUGAAAUUAUUAAAUUAAUUAGUAAUGGUGCUUAUGGUGCAGUAUAUUUAGUUCGUCAUACUGAAACAAGACAACGUUUUGCAAUGAAAAAGAUUAGUAAACAUAAUCUGAUUAUGCGAAAUCAAGUGGAACAAGUAUUUGCUGAACGUGAUAUAAUGAGUUUUACUGACAAUCCGUUUGUUGUAAGCAUGUUUUGUAGUUUUGAAACAAAAAAAUAUCUUUGUAUGGUAAUGGAAUAUGUUGAAGGUGGUGAUUGUGCAACAUUACUUAAAAAUAUUGGUCCAUUUCCAUUGGAUUUAGCUCGUCUAUAUUUUGCCGAAACGGUAUUAGCUGUGGAAUAUUUACAUAUAUUCGGUAUUGUUCAUCGUGAUUUAAAGCCCGAUAAUCUUUUGAUCACUGCUUUAGGACAUAUCAAAUUGACUGAUUUUGGCCUUUCCAAAAUGGGUCUUAUGAAUUUAGCAACAUCAUUGUCCGAAGGUUAUUAUGAUCGUGAAUCACAACAAUUUACCGAUAAACAAGUAUUCGGUACACCGGAAUAUCUUGCACCGGAAGUUAUUCUUCGUCAAGGUUAUGCUAAAACUGUUGAUUGGUGGUCGCUUGGUGUUAUACUUUAUGAAUUUCUUAUUGGUUGUGUACCGUUCUUUGGUGAAACACCUGAAGAAUUAUUUGCUCAUGUAAUUAAUGACAGUAUUGAAUGGCCCGAUGAAGAAGAUUGGCCAUUAACCGAUGAAUCAAAAGAUAUUAUACAAAGAUUAUUGGAACAUGAUCCAUUUGAUCGUUUAGGUGCCGGGGGUGCACAAGAAGUUAAAUGUCAUCCAUUUUUUGAUGAAAUUGAUUGGGAUUCAUUGUUAAGACAGAAAGCUGAAUUUGUUCCACAAUUAGAAAGUGAAGAUGAUACUAGUUAUUUUGAUACACGUUUAGAUCGUUAUAAUCAUGAAAUUGAUGAUUCGGAUGAUCAUGAUACUGAUGAUAGUUCAUUAUUCGGAUCAUUUUCAUCAUGUUCACCAAGAUAUCAUCGUGUUUAUAGCCGAGUGGAUAUUCAUAAAGAAAAUUCAGGUGAUUCUUCGGAUGGUGGUUGUGGUGUUGUUGUUUCAUCCUUAUUACGAUCAUCUAAUUCAUCAUCAUCAUUAAAAGAUGUAAACAUCACUAGUCAUACAACACCUACUACUGCUUAUUCGGAAAAUUCUCUUGCUCCAUUAACUUUGGCAUCGACAACGAUAAUCAAUACAAACAUCACCACAACCUCCACCAUUACUACUACUUCAUCAUCAUCAUCAUCAUCAUCAUCGACAAUUCAAGUUACUAGGCCAGAAUUAUUGAUCUCACGUUCAUUAUCGGUUACCGAAGAUCGUUUGAUUACAUUAAAAGCUCCAUCAUUACAAUCAUCAACCAUUACAAGCAAUACAACAAAUUCAAAUAAUAACAUUAGUCAAACAACAACAACUCAUUCAUCAAAAGACAACAUUGGUUGUGGUAUUACUUCUGUUGUUGAUCCAAUACUCAAAAUUCCUAAUGCUCAUAGUACACCGAAAGUAUCAUCAUCAUCAGAUAAAAGCAAUAAUAUUCAAAAUUAUAAAACAACAACAACAACAACGGAAAACAAUUCAUUUACAAGAACUAUUUCGAAAGAAUCAACUUCAUCAUCAUCAUCACCAACAUUAACAUCACCAUCUGGUUCAGCUGAUAAUCAAACAAUAAUUAAAUCAACAACAACAACAAAUUUACCGAAAUUACCACCAAAAACAUUGAAUCAAUUUAUGUUACCAAAAUUUUCAUUCAGUGUUGAUUCUGAUAAUGAUAAUGAUUUUAGAAAAACUGAUGAUCAUUCUACUAAUAAUAAUUCGGAUCUUGUUGAAACAUUAUAUAAUAAUCAACCAUCAACAAAUAGAUCAUUUUCUGAUUCACCACCAUUUGCAAUAUCAUCAUCCGCAUCAUCAUCAUCGAAUAAUGGUACAAAAUUUUUUGUACAAUUAUCACCAACAACAGCUGCAAAACAAUUACCAUCAUCUAAUCAUUCAUCGCGGCCAUCAUCAGCACGUUCUGUGAUUAAAUCAGCUUCAGCAUCUGGUCUAUCAUUGAUUAUACCGGCUGAUGAUCAUCAUCAAAAAACUAUGAGUAUUUCAUCUGGUGGUUCGAAUAACAGUUCACGUGAUGCAUCACCUAAUCGUGAACUUAAUUCAUCAUUAUCGCUUAAACCGCCUAUCAUUCUACGAAAAGGUCCGGGCGGUUUUGGUUUUCAAUUGAAAGCCAUUCGUGUUUAUCAUGGUGAAACCGAUAUUUAUACUGUUCAUCAUCUAGUACAAUCAGUUCAUAAUAAUAGUCCUGCUUUUGAAGCCGGUCUUCGUCCGGGUGAUCUAAUCACGCACAUUAAUGGAGAACAAAUUCAAGGUCUUCUUCAUCAUCAGGUGUUGAAAUUAAUGUUUUCGGGUGGCGAUGUGAUCAAUAUUCGAACAACUCCUUUAGAAAAUACAACUAUCAAAAGUGGUGGCCGUCGUCGUAAUCCAAGUACGAGUAGAAUGGCAAAAAGACCACCACAAAUGUCACAGAUAAACAAAUUACAUCGUAAUGUUAAAGCCACUAUUAAACGUAGUGAUUCGGAUAAACGAAAACGAUCGAGCUUGUUACGUCGACUUAGUUCAAAACGGGCCAGUGCCGAUAUUCAUCAAUUAAUGGCUCAAAGUGGACAACAUUCAUUAUCUACACCACCGACAUCACCAUUAUCACAAUCAGGCAAAGUAUUACAGGUCAACAGUCCUUCAACGUUGACUCCUAGUCGAAGUUUUCAAUCAUUUCCUAAAGGUGGUGAUUCUACGACCAAUCCUAUUCCUGGUUCAAGCAAAAAUACAUUAACUGUUGUUGGACAACGAUCAUUGAAUGAACAUCGUUUGACACAAAGUAUGCAUUCAGAUUCCUUAAAUUUGGCCGGUAAUUCAUCAGUCGAUUCAUCACCAUCGAAUUCGGUGCCAAAUUCACCUGCCCUAUCAUCCAUAGCAUCAUCAUCAUCACGACCAUCAAGCUUGGAUGGUCUUAAAUAUAAAUUGAAACCAUUUCGUUCGCCUCGUCGUAAAUCCUGUGGUCAUAUACCAUUGUCACCAUUAGCUCGAUCAAGUGGUGGUGGUGGUGGUGGUUCUCCUGUUCAACCUGCUACUGGUCAUCUAUUAGCAUCAUCAACUUCUCCAACUUCUCGAUCACCAUCACCAUUGGCAUUUCCGAAUGUACAAUCAUCAUCGAAAAAAAUUUAUCGAUUAAUGCCAUUAGCACAUUCAACUACUAUCGAUUGUAAUAGCCAAAAUCAACAACGUAAUCCAAUACAAACAAGACCAAAAUCCGUAUCAAUGGAUCAAUCAAUGGUUAAUUAUUCAAAACUUUUAUUGGGUUUAUCCGGUGAACAGCCACCAUCAAAUAAUCUUCAUUUACAAACAACAACCACCAUAUCAAAUGAUAAUAAUGAUAAUGAAUCAAAUUCACCAUCAAGAAUAAUUGUAUUAUCUAAAUCAAAACGUGAAAAUUUAAUACAUUCUUCUUCAAUAGCCGAUCAUCCAAUUAUAAAAGUAGAAUCGAUUAGCAAUAAACAACAAUCAACUACUGAUUAUCGAUCAUCAUCACCAUUAUCUGAUAAUAAAAUCAAAGAUGAUGAUGAUAAUAAUUCAAAAUAUAAUCGAAAUGAACAUAAUGAUGAGGAAAAUAAAUUAAUACGAUUAUUGAAUCGAAAUAUUAAUCAAAUAACAUCACAAUCAUCAACAACAUCAUCAUCAACAACAACAACAUCAGAUUCAACCAAAUUUGCAAUAUCUCGUGGUGGUAAUAAACAAUUUAAACAACAAAAACAUGUCCAACAAAAUGAUGAUGAUGAUGGUGAUGAUGAAGUUGAUUGAUUGAAUCUUCGAUUGAUCAGUUUAUAUAUAUUUUUUUC